AUGAUUCGAUCAACGACCACCACAGUUAAACCGCCAUUACCAUUCCUUUCAUUAUCAGCAUCAGUCUCAGGUAAGUCCAUAUUUUCCAUCGCACACGAACCCAUUUCCGAAUCCAAUCUGCCCGUUUCCGUCCCCAUUGAUCUCUUCGCCCAACUUCUCUCCCUUCUCUCUCAACGCAAUUGGCAAAAAAACCCUUCUGUAAAGAAGCUAAUUCCCUGCAUAUCCCCUUCUAUUUUCUCUUCCUUUCUAUCUGAAAACCCGAAUCUCAAUCCCCAAAUUGCAUUCUAUUUCUUCAAUUUUCUCUCCCGUACCCCUACUUUUACACCCAAUGUCCAAGCCUAUUAUUCCCUUUUACGCAUUUUGAUCCCCAACAACUUUCUCGGGGUAGCGGAAAAAACCCGGAUUUUAAUGAUUAAAUCGUGCAAAUCACCCGAGGAUGCGACUUUGGCAUUGAGUGUGUUGCGUGAGAUGAAUACUUGUGAUAGCGAUUUGAGAUUUAAGCUUAGCCUUAGGUCUUAUAAUACACUUCUGAUGUUGCUGUCGCGGUUUCUAAUGAUUGAUGAUAUGAAAUGUGUAUAUGCAGAGAUGUUGCAUGAUAAGGUCUCACCAAAUAUUUAUACUUUUAAUACACUGAUUAAUGCAUUUUGUAAAUUGGGUAAUCUGAUUGAGGCCGAGUUGUACUUAAGUAGGAUUUUGCAGGCCGGGUUGAGGCCAGAUACUCAUACAUACACUUCAUUGAUUUUAGGGCAUUGCAGGAGAAAGGAUGUAAAUAGUGCCACUAAGAUUUUCUUGGCCAUGCCACAAAAGGGUUGUCAAAGGAAUGAGGUUUCGUAUAAUAAUUUGAUGCACGGAUUGUGUGAAGAAGGAAAGGUGGAUGAGGUGAAGAAGUUAUUUUUGCAAAUGGGAGAGGAUAAUUGUUCCCCAAAUGUCCGGUCAUACACAAUUUUGAUUGAUGCAUUGUGUGGUCUGGACAGGAGGUUGGAGGCGUUGAGCUUGUUUGAGGAAAUGAAGGAGAAAGGUUGCGAGCCAAAUGUUCGUACUUAUACUGUACUGAUUGAUGGUAUGUGUAAAGUUGGUGAGUUUGAUGAAGCAAGAAGACUGUAUGAUGUUAUGUUAGAUAACAGGCUGGUCCCUAGUGUAGUGACUUACAAUGCUUUGAUUGAUGGGUAUUGUAAGAAGGGGAUGGUUGAUGCUGCUUUUGAGAUACUUGACAUGAUGGAGUUGAAUAAUUGCAGUCCAAACGUGUGUUCGUAUAAUGAAUUGAUUUCAGGAUUAUGUGAGGUGAAAAAAGUUCACAAAGCCAUGGCACUUCUUAAUAAGAUGGUUCUGCAGAAGCUGUCUCCAGAUAUUGUCACUUACAACCUAUUAGUUCAUGGGCAAUGCAAAGCAGGUGACAUAGAUAGUGGCUUUAGGUUGCUCAGAUUAAUGGAAGAGAACGGUGUACUUCCUGAUCACUUAACUUAUGGUGCUCUCAUUGCUGCACUAUGUGAAAAAGGCUGGCCUGAUAAGGCAUAUGAGAUAUUUGACUCUCUCACUGAAAAGGGCUUAAAGGCAAAUGAGGUCAUUUAUACAUCUCUAAUUGAUGGAUAUUGCAACAUAGAGAAAGUUGAUUUUGCCCUAACUUUGUUUGAAAGAAUGCUUACGGAGGGUUGUCUUCCGAACUCAUACACCUACAAUGUGCUGAUUAGUGGAUUAUGCAAAGAGAAAAAACUGACUGAAGCAACACAAUUUCUGGAAAGGAUGUUGGAGGAAGGAGUGAAACCCACAAUUGUUACUUACACUAUUCUCAUUGAACAAAUGUUAAAAGAAUAUGCCUAUGACUAUGCUUAUAGGGUUUUUAAUCAAAUGGUUUCUCUGGGAUAUAAACCUGAUAUCUGCACUUACACUUCCUUCCUUCACGCGUAUUGCAACCAAAGGAAGUUGAAAGAAGCAGAGGAUGUAAUGGCUAAAAUGAAUGAGGAAGGAGUCCAACCUGAUUUAAUGGCUUACACAGUCUUAAUUGAUGGUUAUGGACGAUCAGGAUUUUUAGAUCGUGCUUUUCACACACUGAAAUUCAUGGUUGAUGGUGGAUGUGCGCCAUCGCAUUAUACCUAUUCCGUUUUAAUUAAACAUCUUUCAGAUGAGAAACGAAUCAAUGAACAUAGCCACAGAAUAGGUCUAGAUCCAGAAAUCAAUAGUGGCUCAAUCAAUAUUGCGGAUGUUUGGAAAAUAAUGGAAUACGAUACUGCUCUUGAACUCUUUCAGAAAAUGGUUGAACAUGGUUACUCACCAGAUAUAAGCACUUACAAUGCACUCACCACUGGACUCUGUCGAGAAGGGCGCCUUGAAGAAGCCUGGAGGUUGGUCGAUCAUAUGAAACUACAAGGACUGUGUCCUGAUGAAGGUAUGUAUAAUGCACUGACAAAAUGUUCGUGCAAGUUAAAAUUGUAUGAGGAAGCAAUGAAGGUACUUGAUGGCAUGGUCAUGAAUGGCCUUCUACCUGAUUUAGAGGCUUGGAAACUUCUUGUAUGUGGGUUUUAUGAUGAAGGAAAUGAUGAGAAGGCUAAGACCACGUUCCGUAGGCUGCUUCACUGUUGGUACAAUUCUGAUGAAGUGGCCUGGAAGCUUCUGAUUGAUGGCGUGCUGAAAAUGGGGCUUGUUGAUGAAUGCUCUGAGCUGUUAGAUGUCAUGAAGAAAAAUGGUUGCCAGCUGAAUCCUCAAACCCUCAGAAUGUUAACACAGGGUAUUCUUGAUAAGAAAGAGGGUACUUGGGCUUAA